UUAAAGCGAUAUUCUAAUCGUAGGCAUACGUCUAAAAUUAAUCGUACAGGACAAAGACAGUUGCGAUGUGCUUUAAGUCCGUCGAAAGAAGAACUUUUCGAAAAUAGAUCAGAUCGUUGCACCCUGAUCAUUGUCUGUCGAACGGGUACCUCGUGAGUGUGUGCUUUAUACCAGUGCUUAGAGUUUGACCGUAAACGGUCAGAUAUAUAUUUUUCCAGCGAUUUCUUUGUUGAUAGGAUCCUGUAGGUAUUCCACGUUCUAUUAUUGUGAAGUGAAUAAACAGAAUUUACGAAAUUUGCGCGAAAAAAAUAAUGUGACUGAUGUAGGAAAACUGGGCCUGGGGGUUUAAGAAUGUUCGGCAGAUUUAUCAUAGUGAAAUCGUCUUUAAUACAACUCGGGAUAAUUUUAAUAGCCUGGCAGUGGUAUGUCAUAAAGCGGUGACUUAUUUGGUGUUAUAUCCUUUGUUUAGAUUGCUAUUCGGCACACUUUAUCCCGCUUAUGCUUCAUAUAAGGCUGUGAGAACGAAGAACGUCAGAGAAUAUGUAAAAUGGAUGAUGUACUGGAUAGUUUUUGCUCUAUUUACUUGCGCAGAAACGUUUACAGACGUUUUUUUAAGUUGGUUCCCAUUUUACUAUGAAAUUAAAAUAAUUCUAGUCAUUUGGCUUUUAUCUCCAGCAACUAAGGGAUCCAGUAUAUUAUAUAGAAAAUUUGUUCACCCCACCCUCAGCUCUCGGGAACAGGAAAUUGAUGAAUAUAUCAAUAAAGCCAAGGAGCAAAGUUACAAACAAGUUUUGGACAUCGGAUCAAAAGGGAUGUCCGCUAUUAUGCAAACUGCAAUUAAAGGCGGCGGAGGAUUAGUCAAUCAAUUAAGAAAAAGUUAUAGUCUAAGUGAUUUAAGUGAUCCUUCCCACGACGACGUUAACGACGAAGUUGACACCAUCACCGAACCACAUCUAACGAGACGCAGACGCAGCCCUCAUAGAUCUUCUUCUACUUCCGUAGUUUAUUUUUCUGAAGUAGACGUAAGACCAGAUCGGGUGGCGAGUAUACAAUCUGCUGAAGAUAUAUCUUCGUCGGGGUAUUCGAGCGGUGAAGGGUUACCACUAAAAAUUACUGCGCGAGAAGGUUUACCAAGAACCGGCUCGCUUACCAGAUCUCGAUCUACCAGAGUUACCAGAUCUACUGUUCCCAAAAAGAGUGGCGUCAGUGACGAAAGUGACGAGAACGAAGAAUUCGAUACCAACGUUGUUUUUCGUAAAGACUCCGAUUCAUCAAGUGAGAACGAAUUUUUGGACUGUUUAGAGGUUGUGCAUGACGAUUUAGAUGAUGGUCUAAAUAACCUUGAUACACCGAGUAAGGACCAACAGUUUUUAACUGCAUGCGAAGAAAACAAAGUUACCAAAUAUGAAUCAUGUAGAGAUAAUUAUAAUAUAUUGGACGAUAAAGUUUUAAAUAUAGAAAAUAAUCCUACUAUUUUAGAAAUUACUAAAGACGUAGAAAGUUUCUCUACAUUCCUUCAUAAUUUAAUCGAAACCAAAAACGAAACAGAAAUUAGGAAAGAAGAAAAAGUUAUUUUACCUGAUGUAAGAAGUGGUAAAUAUAACAAGAAACGCGCUCCUCUACCUCCUCCUUCCAAUUCCACUCUAGCGGAAGCUACAUCAGCAUCUUGUCAGUUGGAACCAACACGUUCAAUUAAAGCAACUCUAAUACUAAAACCAGGAGUCGUAAAAUCCUUUGGGUCGGAUGAAUCUAUCUGAAAGCGCUACAUUACCACGUACUAAGAAAACCAGCAAGAAGAAAACUCUCUAAUUUCCAAAAUGGACCACUUUUAAUAUGAUAUUAACAAUUUUUAAUAAUUUUAACCUGCGUAGCUACAUUGCUCUGCUUUCUUUUUUUUAUAAGAAAUCCUCCAGUGAUAUCUUUAAUGUUAAUUUUUUGAACUAUUUGUGAAAAACAUUUACUUCUAGAUUUUUUAUUAGUGUUUUUAGGGGUAAUAAGGACUGUUAAAUAUUCUAUAAUGGUUUUUGAUUCUUAUAUGAAAUUAUUAGAGGCUGUUUAAAUAUUAGCUAAAAUUAUAAAUGUAUCGAGUUGAGCAAAAUACGAGGUUUACAAAAACGUUGACCUCGCUAUUUAUUUUAGUUCUGCGGGAAUAAGAAGAAAAUAUAGAGUACCAAAGUACAACGGAUGACGGAUAUUUGGAUCGUUCAAAAAAAUAGUUCUUUGCGCCAAUCGACAUGAGCUUUUUUGGAACGGUUCUAAAAUUAUGCGGUAUCCAACGGGAACAAAUCUUUCAAACAGCCAAAUAUUGCAAUUUCAGUUUACGCACAAAACCGAUGUUUUCUGGCGCAACAGAUUUUGGACGACCUUCACGAAAUUCGUCCUGUAGCGAAGUGCGAUCACGAUGCAAUUCGGAAAACAGUCGAAAGUCAUAGAAAAUUAUCGCACGAAAAUGUUCGCUCAUAUAACGAGUAAAAAAUUACAAAGAACUCUACACGGCCACUAGUUUCAGCUCUAUUUAGACAUAAGUUGAAUUCCUGUGAGGUAUGACUCAGAUAUAUCUAGUAUAUGGUGAAUGCAGCAUCGUUGGAGUCUCAAAGUCUUACAGAAUAACUGAGAACGAGUUAGGACUGUACUAAGAACACGCUCCAGAAGGCUAAAGUUGGAUUCGUAGACUUUUACGUUCGUGCUGAAGCUCUCAUUCGCAUUGGAAACUAUUUAUAAAUGUUUUGACUUUCCUUUGUCGGUGGGGAUUUAAUGGACUGACUCUGUUAGGACCAAUCAGAAAUGUUAUUUAACAUAAUCAAAAUAUUUUUCGUCUUUAGACAUGUCAUUUGCAUCGUAGAACAAAAACCUCAUGUUUCAUUUGUUGCCAGUUUCGGCAUUUUAAAAUUUCUUAAUGAUGUUUGUAUCUAUAAUGAUGGUUGAAUUUGGUUGUGGUUGCUGCGUAUACGUGGUCAUAUCACCUGGAUACCUGUUUUCAUCGGCUAGGCGAUGGAACAUGAGCGUAGAACAUGAAAUUGCGCUUGUUUUUAUAAAUCACAAUUGACCUUAACACCAAACUGUUUGAUCGGCAGGAAUAAAUUUACGCUGAACAUUGUAGUGGACAUUUGAAUACAAUUGUUAUGGAUAUUUGAAUACAGGCGUUAUAAAGAACAGCAAUUUUCCAUUAAUGGGAUACACGAGGUGAUUUGUUUCAAUUAUAUAAUUUUUAUUCACGAAUUCAAAGGAUCUACAAACAUGUUUUUGUUUUUAUAUAAUUAGAUGUUUAUAUUCAGACAGCCUUUAUAAUUAAUAAUUAGAAAUUAUUUAUAUCAACAGGGCUAUUUUUUACAAAUUACUCUCCCUUUAUCAUUGUUAUGAUUUAAUUUUGUUUAUGCGAUUAAAAAAGUUCAGUAUCAUGCAAGUAUGUUGACAUAAGGUUACAUAUUAAAAUACAUUGCAUGGGAAUUUAUUUCUGAUAAAUAACUUCGUCCAAAUGUUAGCGUAAACUUUAAAUUUGACAUAACCCCUCAGAAAAAAACCUUAAACGUUAAAUCAGAACUGCCUGAAGGCUAACUUAUGUCACCUCUCCUGGAGAUCCAUGGUAAUUGUCGUGAACUCGUGGCAUAGAUCUUUUGGACGUGUGUGAAGUUGCUCUGUUCUGCGAGAACCGUGUUCUUUGGUUAUAUGCAUCGAAGUUUUGCAAUUCAGACAUGCAGAAGUCUUCUAAAAUAUGCACAUACCGCUCCUCUAAAUGUUUUGUUGAUGUCUCUAUUAACAUGAAAAUGAGCUUCAUCUGGAAACAAGACGUCGGUAAACGUUGAAAAGCGCUCAAUCAACAGGUUUACGAAGUCAAGCCUAUGACCAGCAUCCUGAGGCCUCAAUUAUUGCAUCAACUGAAUUUUGUAAGGGUACAGCCCCAAAUAGUCAUACUACUAUUUUCCAACAUUUGAUAAUCCAAAAACGAUUUAAAAUAUGGAAUAUUCCAUUAAAAUCAAACAGUUUUUUGUAUUCAUAAUAAUUUGUAUGCUCUGUAUUUAUGAAACCGUUAUGAACUACAUAAUCGUCUUAGGGCUCAAUCAGACGGUGCGGAUUUGACGUUAAUCCCCACUAUUACGGAACGGAGUAAGCCAAUAAGCACCUUGACGCAUGCGUCUUUGAAUGCUACAUCCAGUACGUGGCCAGAACGUGUAUCAUGAAAGUGCCAAACGUCACAUCGUUUUUAUUUUGAUUUUGAUAAUGGGUGUAGUAUUGAUAUAUUGAAUAAUGAGGGCUAAUAUAUAAAAGUAGCAAUUGCAUUCAGAACUGAUCUAUAAAUAAAUCUUAAAUCUUACUUUUGAAGUAUAUAAUAGGUAACCCACUUUUAUGAGUAAAUAUAUACAAUUUUUGAAAAAUUAAUCUAUAUCAUUUUUUUCUUUCAAUAGUUUUUAACUGUUUUUUAACUAGUUUUCCAAUAUGUAUUAUAUAAUAGGACGAAAUGCAUUAAAAUUAUUCCAAAAAUAAACAAUCACAAUAAAAACAUUUAUCUUGAAUAUAUUUAAUUUGAUUGAAAAAAAAAAAUGAUUAGAAAUUAAAUGACAUUAACUUUUUAUUAUAACUGUGUUUGAUUUUCAUUCAAAUAUUUUCAACUAAAAGUUCAUGACGCACAUUUCGCUGCUCCAUGUGAAUAUACCUGUUAAGGUACUUGGUUAAUCAAACAAAUCACUCGUUCAAUUGCAUGUUAAUAAGCACAAUAAAAGAAACAUCUGUACAAUAAAACAUCUUUCAUAGAACUGGGGCCUGUCCAGUGUAUCCAACUCUCAAUAAUUUAUCUCCCCAAAGCACCAAUCAAAAAUCCCUAAAAUCCCCACAAUUACUAUAGAUUCCCGCUAAAAAAAUUUAAUAAUUAAAAAAUAAAUAAUUAAUUUAUUAUCUCAUUCGACAACAUCUCAUUUCUUUGAAUUCAUUAUUCAUAAAUGAUCGAAAACAAGUAACAAAUAGUUUUCUUCAGAUUCUGAAGUUUAAAAAUCAUACAUAUUGUAAUGUUUUUAUUAUUUAUAUAAUUUUUAUUCGUGCGGUAAAUUAAUAAACACUGUCUCUUACGUUCUUAAUAUAUUUAAAGACUAUACACUACACUUAAUUAACUUAUAACAAUUCACUUAUCACUAACACUUAACUAACUUGAAUAAUUUAUUUAAAAUCUUCGAUUGAUUACUUUCUAUUUCGGUCUGUUCACUAUGACUAUUUAUUAUAAACUGAACUAAAAUGCGCUACACAAACUCCUUAUAUAUCCCAAAAGAAGUCUCAAAACUUCUAGAAAGUAAAGAAGCAAAACAAAUAAAUAAAUAGAAAGAAACAAUGUAAAUAAACCGCCUGUUAUAACAAAAACUUAUAUAAAACAAACAUUAAACGGAUACCGCGACUGAAUCUAGGCAGGACCGGCUUCAGGGCGGAGAUACGUUCGUAACAAUAUUAACAUUGAAUAAUUUCAACAUUUUUGCACAAGAGAUUGUGCGCUCUUCGCUUAACGAUUCAAAUGCGCACAAAUAUAAAUGUAGUACUCUCAAAAGCGUCAAAGUAUUGAUUGGCUGUUUGUUCCGCUAUAAUCGUGACGCACGUUCAUUCCGCAACGUCUGAUUGAGCCCUUAGGGUAAUAAUAACUAUGAAAACAGGGUGGGUAAUUAAUAAUAAAUAACAUUGUACUACGAUUGUUUAUUAUUCGAUCUCUGGUUAAUGUUUUAAAUAAUUUUUAUAAUAUUUAUAUUUUAGUCAUAAGAGAGUGUUGUGUUUGUGUCUCUAUUUGUUAAUUUUAUAAUAUUCGAAGAAACGAAUGUAAAGUUUCAUAUAAUCUAGUUUUUGUUAACUAUUAUAGAGAUGGUUUGAAAGGAAUUAUGAUGCAUCUUUUAUUGAUUUUCAUAUGAAGUGUUUAAAAAUAAUUCUAGUAGGGUAAAGUACCCAAUAAUCAGCAGGGACCCACAACUUUAAACAAAAAUAUGUUUAAGAAGCAGAUUUAUAAGAAAAAUCCAAUGCAAGCUUGACUUCUAUCAAUAGAGAUGUCGCUUCUGCUAUUUUAAUAGAAACCCCGCUCAAAUUUCAUUAGUAUGUCUGAGUAAGUGACAAAGAAAAACUGCGUUUAUUGGAAUGCACCAAUAAUUCUGUGUUGCUUGAGUUUUGAAAACUUCGCUAAUUCUUUCGAACCUCAAUAAUUGGGUACUUUACUCUAUAAUAAAUGAACAAAACCUGAAAGUAGGAUAUAUUUGAUUGUGAUAUAAAAAAUAUUAUAGGCAAUUUUGAAGAAGUUUUCUAAAUUUCGGUACAAUUACCAAAUUACUCCAAAUAAACUUUGGAUUAAUAGGAAUAAAUGAAUUUUUUUGAAAUAUGGAGAAAAGUGAAGUAAUCAUGUAAGAAAAGUAUCAAAUAAUUGAAAUAAAUCUUGUAUUAACCUUAUUAACAUAACCUAACUUUUCACAAGUUAAUAAAUAUCUUCAGCAAGCUCAAGUAGGUGUGAAGGGUGUCCCAAAAUUGACACUCGUAAAUCUAGUUUAAUAUAAAUACCACUGAUUUUAAUAUAAUUUUAACUAAUAUUUUAUUUCACAGUGUAAGCUGCGAAUUUAAGGCUGUAAUGAAGUCUUGACAAUUUUUUGAUGCGAUUAACUUUCAUUUUAGUCAUCUGAUAACCGAAUUAUUUGCAUUGCCAAAUUUUACAGAGAAGUAAUUGUUUGGAACAAAUCAAUAAAGACUAUAAACAGUUA